AUGCCCGUUGUCAAAGGAGGAGUCUGGACCAAUAUUGAGGAUGAAGUUCUCCGGGCGGCUGUAUCCAAGUAUGGUCUGAACCAAUGGGCGCGUGUCUCUUCGCUACUUGCGAGGAAGACGCCUAAACAAUGCAAAGCACGAUGGGUAGAGUGGUUGGACCCUGGUAUUCGCAAGGUCGAAUGGUCGAGGGAAGAAGACGAGAAACUGUUGCAUCUAGCGAAGUUGAUGCCAACACAAUGGCGUACAAUCGCCCCUAUCGUCGGAAGGACAGCAACACAAUGCCUUGAACGCUAUCAGAAACUGCUAGAUGAAGCCGAGGCCCGGGAAAACGAUGAGCUGGGAUUAGGAGGUCCCUCUGGCGGCGAGGCGGCUGCGCCUAGUGCGGACGAUGUGAGACGGUUAAGACCUGGUGAAUUAGAUCCCGAUCCGGAAUCGAAGCCUGCCCGUCCCGACACGAUUGAUCUCGACGAAGACGAGAAGGAAAUGCUGAGUGAAGCUCGGGCUCGUUUGGCGAACACCCAAGGAAAGAAGGCGAAGCGCAAGGCUAGAGAACGGCAGCUCGAAGAGUCCCGAAGACUCGCUGUUUUGCAAAAACGUCGUGAACUCAAAAAUGCUGGCAUCAAUAUCAAAGUCGUUACCCGGAAGAAGGGGGAAAUGGACUAUAACGCAGACAUCCCAUUUGAGAAGCCAGCAGCACCUGGAUUUUACGAUACCAUGGAAGAGGAAUCUCGAAACGAAAGACAGCGAGAAAUGUUUGAUCCUCGAAAACAACAACUUGCGAACAAGCGAAAAGGGGAUCAGGAAGAAGACGCGGAUAGGAAGAAGAGAAAGAACGACAAGAAUGGUAGCUCCGCUUUCGCUGCUGCCGCAAGGGCCGGCCAAAUGCAGAAGAUUCGCGAGGCUGAGCAGAGCAGUAAGAGACGAGCGCUUGUCCUGCCAACUCCUCAAGUGAGCGAAAGCGAAAUGGAGGACAUUAUCAAAAUGGGCAUGGCCGGAGACAGGGCCAGUAAGAUGUCUGGCGACGAAGAAACAACUCGAGGUUUGAUCGGUAACUACACUUCUAUCGUCGGAGGGACACCGAUUAGGACACCACGAGCUCCGCCAGAGGAGGAUCAUAUCGCCAAUGAGAUCCGAAAUAUCAGAGCCCUUACUGAGACACAAUCAUCUUUGUUGGGAGGUGAGAAUACGCCUCUGCACGAAGGAGGUUCUUCUACUGGUUUUGAUGGCAUCGCUCCUCGGCGACAACAGAUCGUUACGCCGAAUCCAAUGGCGACUCCUUUCCGGCAAGCCAAUGGUUUGGGGGCGACUCCAUUGCAUGGUGGGAUUGGGCCAGGGGCAACCCCCCUCAGAACUCCUAGAGAUCAGUUCGCGCUCAAUCAGAUGGAAGGCGGACAGUUGAUUGGCAGCACACCGAGAGAUAUCAGAUUGCACCAGAAAGCCGUCAGUCAAGGCAUUCGUAGCAAGUUGGCGUCGCUUCCGAAGCCUAAAGAAACCGAAUGGGAACUCGAAGAACUCCCCUCGGAGUCCGCAGAGCCAACUGCUGCGGCGGAGAUCUCUGAAGAGGAUGCUGCAGAACUUGAUCGGAGAGAGAGGGAGGCACGGGAGAGAGCUGCGCAAGCUGAGUUGAAACGCCAGAGCCAAGUCUACCAGCGGGGACUGCCACGCCCAAGUGUUCUCGAUAUAGAUGCUCUGAUGGCGCGUGCCUCACACGUUACCGACCCCAUCAAUGGCAUGAUCGCUAAGGAAGCAGCUCUGUUGAUUGCCAAUGACGCUCAAAAAUUCCGCCUUCCCAAUGGCAAGGUUGAAGGCAAGGCAGGGAAACUGGAGCGACUCGGCGAUGAACUCAUCGAAUCAGCGCGUGCAGCCAUCGUAGCGGAAGUUGCUUUGUCUGAUCGGCAACAGGAAUGGCUGCAAGGCUUUGAUGAUCGUUGGUCGUCGGCGCACUCCAACGCCCUCCCAGGGCUCGCCAACUACGCCGACGACGAUGAAGAGGAUGUGUACCGACAAGAGCAGCGAAUGAUUGACGCUUUCGACAAUGUGCAGGCUUCCCUGCUAUCUACCGCAGAGCGAGGAAACAAGCUUGAGAAGAAGCUAGCGCUACACUACGGUGGCUAUCAAAACCGUGCGAAGACCCUUCGAACCAAGAUUGUCGAGGCCGGCUCUGCUCUAGAAAAUUCGAAGGAUGAGUUGAAUGCUUUCCAGGCCCUACAAAUUUCCGAGGAAUCGGCUAUCUCGCGAAGGCUCGAGAAGCUCCGCGACGACGUUGCCUUCAUCUUGAAGAGAGAACGGGAAGCUCAAGAAACGUACAGGAUUAGAAAGGAGGAGCUGGAUGAGCUUGUUGCCGGGACAGAGUCAGUUGUCAAUGGAUGGCACUGA